CCAAAAAGUAAAAGCAAAGCAUUCUCACUCACUGUCUCCUACACCAACAAAAACAAAAGAAAGCAAUGCCAAAUUGAAGAAACGAAUCCAGGGCCACAAAAGAAAAAUGGUAGGGAGCCUUCACUUACACUCCACAGCCCUGGGAUUCUUCUUUCUCUUCCUGUCUCUCAGACUCAGUCAUGGCCUUCUCGUCAAACCUCAUAUCUUCAUCUAUGGUGGUUGCUCUCAGGAAAAGUACGGUCCCAACACUCCAUUUGAAGCUAACCUCAACGCUUUUCUAUCAUCCGUUGUUACCUCAUCCUCUCAAGUCUCCUACAAUACCUAUGCCACCGGAAAUGGAAGCUCAACGCCGCCAGAUGGAACCACCGUCUAUGGCUUAUACCAGUGCAGGGGUGAUUUACAGAGACAUGACUGCUCAAGAUGCAUGCAAAGUGCUGUUAACCAGAUAGGCUUGGUUUGCCCUUACUCCUACGGUGCUUCAUUACAACUAGAAGGCUGUUAUUUAAGAUACGACCGUGCUAGUUUCUUGGGGACACUCGAUACAAGUCUGAAGUUCAAGAAAUGCAGUAAAAGUAGUGUUAAAAACGACUUGGAGUUCUUUAGGCGUAGAGAUAUAGUGUUAGCUGAUUUGCAGGUGGGUGUUGGUUUUAAAGUCAGUUCGUCGGGUAUGGUCGAGGGUUUUGCCCAGUGUAUGGGGGAUUUGAGCUCGAGUGAUUGCUCCUCUUGCCUUGGGGAUGCUGUUGGGAAACUGAAGAGCUUAUGCGGAUCAGCUGCGGCAGCUGAUGUUUUCUUGGGGCAGUGUUAUGCUCGGUACUGGGCAUCUGGCUACUAUCAAGAAUUCUCUUCUGCAGAUUCCUCCCACCAAGAUGAGGAUCAUAUUGGAAAAACAGUAGCCCUCAUCGUGGGUGUAUUAGCAGGUCUAGCUGUUCUAAUUGUUAUUCUCUCAUUUUGCCAUAGCAAUGGAAUGAAACAACAGGUUUAACGACUAUAUAAAGCCCUUCCUUGCUACCAGGUUUAGAUUAUGAAGCAAAAGAAUAUUCAUGGUUUGGGGGCUGGGUUUAGUUUUCCUAAUUCUAUGUUUUAAGGUGCCUACUUUUUCACCAAUUUAUUUUCAGUUGUAAAGUAUACAAUGGUGAAAUUCUUAUGUUUUCAUUUAGCUCAAUAGUUUUGGAUAUUAGGAUAAUCGCAAGUGAUGACUAGUUUAAAAAAAACAUUAAUUUUAUCAUUCUUUGACUCCAA